AUGAGUUCUGACCUUCUGAGGCACACCGUCAACCAGUAUUUGGAAGAACUUCCGCAGCAGGUGCAAACAAGACUGUAUGAGUCUCCUGCAACAUGUUUAGCAAUUUAUAGAUUGUUACCACAAUUAUCAAAAUUCUUCGUAAUGGCAAUGGUUUUCAAUGAAAAUGAUGUAUCGCUGCGUGAUUUGGAUAGAUGGGUCAAGACAAAUGGUAAAUUACAAUUCCAAGAGGCUAUCAAAUCUAUGAAAUCUUUACAUUUAAUAAUACCAAGUAAAGGUAACGGUACUCUGAUGAUUAGUUUGAAUCCUACUUUUAAAGAAAGCUUUAGAAAUGCCUUGACAGGGGGUGAAAUUAAUAAUUCGUUCGGUAUUGUCGUCGAUAAUGAAGCGGAACAAAGUAGAAUCACAUUAAAUUUCCUUGACGAAUAUUCUGCAAAUAAAUGGGAAACUAUCUUACAUUUCAUGGUGGGUACUCCCUUGGCCAAUAUACCAUCCCAUAAUGUUUUAAAUUUACUGAAAAAUAGUAGAUUGAUGGAAGAAGCUGAUAAAACAGGCACAUUGAAAAUCACAAAUGAGGGUUUUCAAUUUCUGUUGCAAGAAAUAAAUUCACAAAUUUGGACUCUAUUAUUACAAUAUUUGAAAAUGUCUGAAUCGUUACAAAUGGAUCCUGUGGAAGUUUUAAACUUUAUUUUCAUGCUUGGUGCUUUGGAAAUUGGGAAGGCAUACAGUAUUGAUGGAUUAACUGAAACUCAAAAGACAAUGUUAAGAGAUUUUAGAGACUACGGUAUAAUAUUCCAAAAAAAUCUUACAUCUAAGUCAUUCUACCCAACCAAUCUUGCGAUUAUGUUGACUUCAGAUACAAGAAGUAUACUGAGAACAGCGUCAGGUGCCAUGGAUAGUGUAUUAAGGCAAAAUAAAGAGGAUUCCAAGAAGCAAACUUCUGGUGACAAUGUUACAGAGGAUACAGCAAAUGAUAUAGAACAGAUCGGGCUGGAAAAUCAAGAAGGUAGAGAUGGCUCCUUAAUUAUUGAAACGAAUUUCAAAUUAUAUUCAUAUUCAAAUUCACCUUUACAGAUUGCAAUCUUAAGUUUAUUCGUACAUUUGAAAUCAAGAUUUGUGAAUAUGGUAACGGGACAAAUAACAAGAGAAUCCAUCAGAAGAGCAUUGGUUAAUGGUAUUACAGCAGAUCAGAUUAUUGCAUAUUUAGAAACUCAUGCACAUCCACGAAUGCGAAGAUUAGCAGAAGAAAAAUUAGAGAAAAAAUUAGAAUUAGAUCCAAAUAGUAAAGACACUUUACAAAUUUUACCUCCAACUGUUGUUGAUCAAAUUAAAUUAUGGCAAUUAGAACUAGAUAGAGUCAUAACAUACGAUGGGUCAUUAUAUUCAGAUUUUGAAAAUAGUACAGAAUAUAAUAUGCUGAGUAAAUAUGCCCAAGAUAUUGGCGUGUUAAUAUGGAAGGAUGACAAGAAGAGAAAGUUUUUUGUAUCGAAAGAAGGUAACACACAGGUGCUGGACUACGCUAAAAGGAAAUUGAAAAAGAAAGCUUGA